UUUUUCGGCGUACGCCAAUUUGGGCUUUUGGGCGCACGUACACGCACAGUUUUAUAAAUGAGACCCCUGAUCAUUAUGGGUGAUGGAAUAAUUUACGCUGAGCUUCAGUAGAGCUGUUUGGAGCAGUUUGUGAACAGUGUUUUCUGUUGGAGAUGUCCCAGCCCCUCCCUGUGGUUUCACCUUCAGAAAAAGGGGAGGGCAGUGAUCGUGUGUCAGGGUGAAUCAAUGUUUGCCUGGUGGCAUGUGAGUGCUGAAGGGGCGGAGAGCUUUUUGACUCAAACUAUGGGCCCUGACUAGUGUUCACAUCCUCUCUAGGUGUGGCUUUCCAGGCUCUUCGAUGUGUUCCAGGAACUAGAGGGCUGAGGAAAAAAAAGUGGCCGAGCCAGUUAUUUUUCAGAAAGCAUAAGAGAGUGGAAGACAUGGCAAACACGGCCGCUGAAGAAGCAGCUCACAUCUCCAAACAGCAGCAGCAGCAGCAGCUGUGUGGUGUCUGCUCAGGUGUUUUAAGCGGAGACAUGCCGGCAGCCUGUAGUCACUCUGUCUGUGGCCCCUGCCUCGGGGACAAACAUAAAGGAUGUCCCGAGUGUUUGCAGAGCCCCGAGAAGGACAAGCGUGAACCUGCUGACUGUCCCAAACAGAACGGGACAGAGGCUAAAGUCCCUGGGACCGAGAGCAAAGAGGAGCAGGAUGUUAUAAAAGCGACAGAGGAGAUCAAAAUCCAAGAAGACCUGAAGGAGGCUGAGGACCCCGAAAAGCCCGAGCAGGGGAAGCAAGAGGGGGAGCCGCUGACAGAACCUGUGACAAAUGGAGUAAAAGAGGAGGUGAAAGAAGAGGAGGUGAAGGAGGAACCACUGGGCCCCGACGACGUGGUGUGCGACUCGUGUAUCGAGAGCCCCCGCAGGGCCCUCAAGUCCUGCCUCACCUGCCUGGUGUCGUACUGCGAGGCCCACCUGCGGCCUCACCUGGAGAAGCCCAAGUUUCAGAACCACCGGCUGGUGGAGCCGCUCAGGGACAUCGAGAGACGGACCUGCGAGAGCCACAAGUGGCCCCUGGAGCUUUUCUGCUGCGCCGACGCCGUCUGCGUGUGCCAGGACUGCGUGACGGAGGAGCACAAGGGCCACAACACCGUCCCCGUGGUGGAGGCUCGCAGUCGGAUAGAGAGGGAACUGAAGGAGAAGCAGACGGAGAUGGGGAAGACGUUGACGGCAGCAGAGAACGCCAUCAACAAGCUUCAACUCAACACAGUCAACAUUGAGGUAAACGCACCGUCGGGGGCGAUUCCAGGAUUUUUUUUUUGGCACAAGGGAGGGGAUCAACUCCUGAAUGCUGUGUUUGUUCUACAGGAGUAUUCAGAGUGGAAGAAAGAAGCCACUGAUAUCUCUCUGCCUGGGGUCUACAUCGGUCUGAUGGACCGCCUGAAUUCGUUCAGCCGCGUGAUCGUCGACUCCACGCGGGAGCUGUGUGCCAUGCUCGUGUCUUUAUACGUAGAGAAAGUUAAAGAGACGUGCAAGAACGACAAAACGGGGAUAAAGACAACAGUUCGUGAAAUUGCUGCAGCCAAACAGAACAUGUCUAUACCGGAUCCAGUGACGCAUGCCGACUUCCUCAAGUAUGCCGCCCAAGUGAGUUUCGAUGCUGACACAGCUCACAAGUUCCUGCGGUUGACAGAAGAUAACCGGAAGGUGACUAACACCACGCCCUGGCAGCAUCCUUAUCCCGAUCUACCCGAGAGGUUCGAGAACUGGCGCCAGGUCCUGGCGACGGAGAGCUUCUACCUGGGGCGCCACUACUUUGAGGCGGACAUCAGCGGCGAGGGCACACACAUCGGUCUCACCUACAAGAGCAUCGACCGCAAGGGCAACGAGAGCAACGGCUGCAUCACGGGGAACAACUUCUCCUGGUGUCUGCAGUGGAACGGACGCACCUUCUCCGCCUGGCACAGCGACGUGGAGAUCCCCCUCAGCGUGGAGAAGUUCACUCGUAUCGGCGUUUAUUUGGACUACAGCAAAGGCCUCCUUUCUUUCUACGGUGUGGACGACACCAUGACGCCCAUCCACCAGUACAAGGCCGAGUUCCUGGAGCCUCUUUACCCGGCUUUCUGGUUGUCCAAGAAGGAGAAUCUAGUUGCUUUGGUGGCCCCAGGGGAGCCGUUGCAGGUCAAAAAACCCUCUCCGUCCACCCCACCUGAGACUAGAGCUAUUGUUUCCGAAACGGCAGCACAGCAAUGAUUAGAAGUCCGAUUAUUUCCUGAAUCUUUUAAGUGACAAUUAAACAUUAUAAGACUACAUCCAUGUCCAAUUGUGUAAGGUAUAAAGUUAUACAAAUGGAAAUCCUACAUAGGGCUUAUAUUACACCACAUAAGUGUAAAAGAAAUGGACCCAAUGCAUCAGAACUGUGCUGGCUUGGCUGUGGUAGGUGUGGUACCUUUUAUGCAUUUAUUGUGGCCCUGUCCAUUGUUAAAUAGAUUUUGGACAGAGGUAAUAGAUGUUUAAAAAUGAUUCUAAAUGUUCAUAUUCCUAAAUGCCCUAUUGUAUAUACAUUGGGAAGCAGAUUGGAAAAUAUACAAGCAAGACCUGUACAACAUACGCUACCGGUCAAAAAAA